UGUAAUGUAUACCCCUACGAUGAAAUAACUGGAUUAGUGAAUAGUACCCAGAAAAUUCAAUUUUUAAAACGGAAUUCACUAAUAAGAACUUGCUUGAAUAUGAUGGUCAACGGUGAUAAAUUUUUUAGUCAAUCUAAAAAACAUUUUGCGCAAGAUCUUGCUACUGUAGUCGAUAAUCUUGCCCAUUCUAGUAAAUUAAGCCUUUAUAUGCAUUUCGAAUCGGAUAAUCAAAUAUAUUGUACAAGGCUAUGUACAUAUCGUAUUAGUUAUGAAUUGAAAGGCGUGCUGACCAUAGUUUACACGACG